UCAAAAAUGCUCUGUAAGCUCUUUGUUAAUGCUCUCACACACACACACACACACACACACACACACACACACACACACACACACAGUGAAAGGCUGCUCUCUGUUCACUCUGAAUAAAAACCUGAUUCUCUGCUGAUGAAACAUGAAAACAUGAAAAACAUGAUGCUGAUAUCAGCCUGAACGGACAGAGGGCGAGAGAUACCAACUGUUUGUGGACAAGCAGAGAGAGAGAGGUCAGUGCUACAUAGAUACUUAUAAAUGUGUGUGUGUGUGUGUUUGUGUGUGUUUGUGUGUGUGUGUGUGUGUGUGUCUAAAGUCUGACGUCAUGUCAGAUUUAUUCACGAAGGGUGUUUGAUAAUUACUUCUAUAACUAUAGUAAGUUAUUGUAUUAUUAAUAUUAACUGAGCUCCCUCUUGUGAUUGGUCAGCAAUAUUACAUUUGGGUUAAUUUGACCUGUGUUAACGGUUCACUGUUCACAAGACGAGCAGAGGACGAGGUGCAGGAAGAGGUGCAGGACGAGGCGAGGACGAGGCGAGGACGAGGUGCAGGACGAUGCUGACAUGCUGCAGACUGCUGCUGUGGCAGGUGUUUCUCAAGCUAUCGUUUCAUGUUGUCACAGCCAGUAUGUGUCGGGGCGGGAAGGACAUCUUGGCGUCAGUCAGAGAGAACAGCCCGACGGGUCAGUUCAUCGCCAACAUCAGCGUCAGUGGCGAUCCCAGAGCAAACGCUGUGAGACUCUGUCUGAGCGGAGUCAACGCCGACUGGUUCUACUUGGACGGUCGUACCAUCAGACUCAACACGUCGCUCUCCAGAGUCCUGGACAGAGAGGUUCAGGGGUCAGUGCUGGUUGCGGAGCUGACCUGUUAUGAGGAUGAUGUCAUGCAGAGUCAGUUCAGGAUCCUGGUGAAGAUCGGGAACGAAAACGACAACAGACCGAACUUCCUGCAGGGAACGAUUCGACCAUUCACCAUCAACGAGCUGACCGCGGUCGACUCUGUGAUCUUCACUGUGAGAGCUGUUGACGCAGACGGAGACAUGAUCCGUUACAUCAUCGAUAAAUCAUCACCGGACGCCCGAUUCUUCAGGAUCGAUCUACCAAACAGCGGGAACGUCGUUCUGGACAAACCUCUCGACUACGAAACCAGAAGUCACCUGCAGCUCGUCAUCUGGGCCCAGGAAUCAAACACUGUGGACGAGUUCAACACGUCUGCACUUGUAACGGUGAACGUUGAGGAUGGAGACGACCAGUAUCCUCACUUCCUUCCCUGCACACCUGUCGCUCCAGGUGUUCCUGUCUGCAUAAGCCCUGCCUACUCCGCCAACAUCACACACAAACAUGAGGAUGUUAUUCUGGACUUUUCUCCUGGUCCAAUCAGCGCAGAGGAUGGAGACAGAGGAAUCAACACGUCUCUGAUGUUCAGCAUCGUGUCAGGUGACGACCGAGGCAGGUUUGUGAUCAAUAACCUGACAGGUGAGCUCAGGUUAACUCGAGCUGUGGACGACCGAAAACUGACGCCAGACUUCGCACUCAGAGUCAUGGUGUGUCAGGUGGACGACAGGCUCAAGUGCAGCGUGGCGUCGGUCACGGUCAGAGUUCUCUACGAGAACACGUUCCCUCCGGUUUUUAACAGAACCACCUUCAAAGGUUUCAUCAUCCAGAGCUCUAGCCCCGUCUCCAUCGUCUGCACCUAUGGGAACCAGGUGUUACAGGUCCAGGCGUCCGACCAUGACUUCGCUGACGGCCUCAAUCCAAACAUCCACUAUUCCCUUCGACCUCCAUCUGGACUGUACCAAGUCACUCAGAGGGGGAUCGUGAUCGCCCGGACGGAGCGACUGCUCGCCUCCGACCGCCACGUCCUCCAGGUCGUCGCCAGAGAUGAAGAAUCAGGAGAAGAAGUUUCAGCAUCAGUGGAUAUUGAAGUUUUGCAGAGAGGACAAGCAGUCCCUCGUGGUGUGUUCCAUGAGCAGCAGAUGUUUGGAGAUGUGGACAGCAGACUGGCUGGAGGAAUCGCAGUGAUGAUCCUGUUAAUGUUUUUAUCAGCUCUUCUGAUUCUGCUGCUGCGAACAAUGAAGAGUCAACGUUCACCGACAGACCCUGAAGGGCACAUCGCUCUGGAACAACCUGACGAGACCGUGAGCUCUCUGGACAUCUCCCUCAGUCAGGGGGAGUCGUCCUCUCGGUCCGAGGGAUUACAUGGUGUCUACACCAGGAGACUCUCUGCUCUUCAUCCUCCGUCAUCAUCAUCCUCUGUCAAACAUGAAGCAGCAGGUUGUCUCAGAUCAUGUGACAUCACAGCUUUUGGCCUGUCCACAGGUGUUCAAGUUGACCAAUCAGAGGAGACGUUACAUGAGCAGAAUGAUUGUCAGCAGCCAAUCAGAGACCAGAAACAAAUAAAUGACUGAUGUGGAAUCUGA